AUGCCUUCCUUACUGCUGUUACUCACUUUUGUAGUAAAACAAGUAGCAUAUUCAUCAGGUCAGUCGCUUGUUCAGUAUGAAUUAUCCGAUCUGUGGAAAACUCGGGGCAUCAACGAUGUUUAUCUUUUCCCAACACUAACCUCUACCAUAUACCCUGGAUUCGUGGGGUUUAAGCGAGAAUCGGGAUCAAGUCACAUUCAUUUAACCGCCGAUGAAAUACUGGGAUACGAAUCAAAAUGGGUAAAAGCAACUCAAAUCAAAUCCGUGUGUUCAUACAUCUACAUGGGUUCGGUAUUCUACGUCGUAAAUACGGACGCCGCUAACGAUAGGAUGGUUGAAAUCUCACUGAAUUUAACAAUGGCGGAACUGGAAAUGGUUACUGUGGAAAUGCUGGAAAAGAAGAUGAAACCUUCACACAUAUGUCGGGGAGCUGAUGGACAUUUUCAGUGA